GAGAGCCGAAAGACUCGACUCUUAUUACUGAGCUGAGUCAAAUGAUUUGACUCACUGAAAAGAUCCAUAAUUCCCAUUACUAUUUGCAGCUCGACUGAAGAAAAACCCUCCUGAAGUAAAGAUCCUGAAAUGAACUUAACCUUUCUUUGAUCAUUCUAAAUACCCCGCCCACUCGCUCUCUAUAUGGCAACGCCCCGCCCACCGGCUCUCAGCACUGUUUGUAGUUGCCGCUGUAGUUUCUGUCACUUGCAGCAACUUAGUUGCUAGAAGCAAGUCGACCCUGAGAGAUUUAUUUCUAUGCCAGCUUUUUUUUUUUUUUUUUUUAAUUUUUUUCCAUCUCAUCAAGCUCGCACUGGGAACUUUAGGAACUUGUAAUAUCAUUUAUAACUUCUUAGCAAAUGUUGUUCUAGGCAGCAGUAAAGAAAGAGGAAACGGUCAGGUUUCAGGAGGAGAAAUAUGCACGUGAGCCUUCAGGGUUUUUUUAAGCUGCUUUUAUUUUAUUUUAUUAUUAUUUUUUUUUACUCCUAAUAUUUCUCAGGGAUCUUUUAAUAACUACACGAGCUUCAUCUCUGGAGAAAAAAAAGUUUAAUGUUGCAUUAACAAACAAACAAACAAACACCACAAGGUCUUCAGGUCGAGUUUUUUUUUUUUUUUUUCAGGUUUAGAGCCGAUAUUUAUUUUAUAUAUAUUUAUUUAUUUCCAAGCGGAACUGAAAGUGCAGGAUCCCAUCAUGUCAUCACCUUCUUCAUCAUCAUCUUCAUCAUCAUGUACCUCGACUCAUCAGCAGCAGAGAGCUAAAGGCAGCUCGGGAUCCCCCACCGUAUCAUCAUCAUCAUCAUCAUCAGUGGUUAACGGCGCGAGCCGGUUGCUGCAGCCAGUCCGUGCCACGGUACCGUAUCAGCUGCUGCGCGGGAGCCGCCGCUCCUCUCCUUCCUCCUCUUCCUCCUCCUCCUUGUGUGCGUCAGCCGGGGGCGACGUCGCAGCACUGAGAGUUCCCGGUGCCGCCGCCGCGAGCCCGACGCGAGUAGUGACGCCGCUCGCGCGCCCGCCUGGAAACGGAAGCGGCCACGGCACCGCGGACUGCGCCUCCGCCGCCGCUCUGAUCGCGCGCUCCCCGCCGCCCGACCGCAAGAAUUCACCGGAGCGGCGCCCUGAGUCACCUGCCUACCGAGUUGAAAGGUCAAAAGGCCAGCAGGUGUGGAUCAGACGCGCUUCCUCUUUAGGCGCCAUCACCGUCCCCUACCUGACUGGCCAGUGGCCCCGUGAUCCCUACGUGCUCUACCCAUCGUGCAUGAAAGACAAAUCCACACAGACUCCUGGAUGCUGGAGUGAAGACUCAUCAGAGGGAGAGCUGAGGAACACACACCAGCGCUCGGCGACCUGGGGCUGCGCCGAACAGCUUAAAGAGAUCGCUAAGCUCCGCCUGCAGCUCCAGCGCACUAAACAGGGAGGAAGUCGCCAUAUUAAGGACAGUAGGGAGCUUCUGUCUCCCCUCCACUGCUGCAUCUUCACCAACACACACACUACCAGCAGCAUGUCCAGCCAAGCCACGUCUCCCAUGUCAAAGCCGGCACAGAUGACCCUGCCCAACAUCACUGUACCAAAACCGUCCAUCUCACGAGUGCCCAGCAGCAUGGAGGGCAUCAACCACGAGCUGGAGAAAGUCUUUAUUAAAGAUAACGGAGAGAAGGAAGAGCUGAAGGCAUUGGAGGUGCCUGAUGGACGCCGUGCCCCAUUUCCUCCUCAGCAACGGAGCAGCAGUACAUGUGGUUUGGAUUCUCAGACCCCAGCAGUACUCGGCCGCUCCAGCAGCUGCUCUAGCGCGUCACCGUGUCCAGCAGGAUCGCAUGAUGGUAGCCCAUACUCCACUGACGAGCUCCUCGAUGACCGAGACAAAGACAGCGGCAGCAGCUCUCCUCUACCCAAGUUUGCUUCUUCACCCAAACCCAACAACAGCUACAUGUUCAAGCGGGAACCUCCUGAAGGCUGUGAGAAGAUCAAAGUAUUUGAAGAAACGACGUCAAGACAGUCCUCUACCACCCCUCUCUUCUCCUGCCCCGACAAAAACAAGGUGAACUUCAACCCCACUGGCUCAGCUUUCUGCCCCGUCAGAAUACCCGGCUCUCUGCUUCAGCACUCGGCCUCCCAAGUUGACGAAGAGGAGGAGGAGGGAGGACACCCCGGUGUUGUGACCUCCUCAGCCAUGUACGCCCUGCUCCACCCCACUCAGGUCUCCAUCAGCACCAGCACAGACGAUCCGCCAGAAUCAGACGCUGCGUCUCCAUCCCAACAAGAGGCACCCACACAAACUCGGAACUUUGCAGUUAGCUCGAGUUGCCCAGAGCUGGUCUCUGUGGCACUUUGUGCCCUUCAGAGGUUGACUAGAUGCCCCGUUCCCUCUCUUUCUGGACAGAAACUCCACCGUCUGCAUGUCAUAGUGAUGCACAAGGUUCUGAUCACAAGAAUAAUGCUCCAGUUCAAUUCAAUUCGUCUUCACGUCCGUCCUGUUUUCUUACGCACUAUUACUGACAGGGACUAAAAAGCUAAAAGGCUAUAGCGUGUGAGUGUGCAGCACCACGGAAGCUGGUUAUUUUAGGAUUAUGAGGGUUUUAUGGACCACAACAUAUGCAAAUGUAGGUUCAAUGUUAAGCUUAAAGGAAAGAAAGAAAGAAAAAAGAGUGAGCUGUCAUUUUUUUCUGUAGAAGUCCCAAGAGGCCAUGCAUUUUUUUGACUCUAUCCCGUUAUCUUGAGAUCACAAUCUAUUUUUCUGCAUUAAGAUUUUCCUUUGUAAUUAAUUAGCUUUAUUAUCCUCCGCUGGCUGAAAAGCCCGAAGGGGGAUUAUGUCGUGGCGAUGUCCGUCCGUCUGUCUGUCCCAGGAAGGGUACUCACCUUCUGAAAUCAACUCCUCUCACAAUUUUUGGAGGAAUUUCACGAAACUUGACAGGAUUCUUUGUUAUCUGUCGGUAAUACACAUAUUGCAAUUUCCUUCAAUUUAUUCGCAUUUUACCAGAGUUAUGGCCUUACAGCAUAGAAAUAAUUCCCAGCAGGGGAUUUUGUGCUCUCAGAGCACUCUUGUUCUAUAAGCCUGAAUGUCUGGUUUAUGGUCUCAAUGAAGCCACUUUCACAUGAAAAAAGUACGGAAGCCGCGAGAGGCCCUUCAUAUAAUCUUUUUUUUUAUUCACCUUGUUAUCCCGAGAUAACGACAAUUAAUUCAGGAUCUCGAGAAAACAACACAACUAAUUAGAGAUCUCGAGCAAACAAAACCGUUGUUUCGAGAUCUCGAGAAAACAGAACAAUUAUUUCAUGAUCUCAGCUGGAUCACUGUAUCUCCAUCGGUAGAGACGAAGCCGGGCCAGUCUUCUGCGGAGGUGCCGCGGACUAAUUUUGAAAUGAUCCCUUAUUAAAAGACUUAAUGCAAUCUCUCCCUGUGUCAACCCCUGAUCAAAAUAUUGCCUUAUUAGGUGAUCGAUUAUUCCAGACAUUCUAAUGACCAAAGUUGCGUCUAUACAGAAUGAGAAAUAGCCCCAAAGUCAGCAUAUCACAAGUCUCUUGGCGCACCUGAAUGAACCAUUUCUCAGCUGUUUUCUCGAGAUCACGGAAUAAUUGUUUUGUUUUCUCGAGAUCUCGAAAUAACGGUUUUGUUUUCUCGAGAUCUCGAAUUAGUUGUGUUGUUUUCGCGAGAUCCUGAAUUAAUUAUGUCAUUAUCUCGGAAUAACGGUUUUGUUUUCUCGAGAUCCUGAAUUAAUUAUGUCGUUAUCUCGGAAUAACGGUUUUGUUUUCUCGAGAUCUCGAAUUUGUUGUGUUGUUUUCUCGAGAUCCUGAAUUAAUUAUGUCGUUAUCUCGGGAUAACAAGGUGAAUAAAAAAAAAGGAUUAUAUGAAGGGCCUCUCUCGGCUUCCGUAAAAAAGAAUGUCAGUAUCUCAAAAAAAAAAAAAAGAACUGUGAAGUUGUUCAGAGUAAGAUUUCAAGACACCUCUCAGCUAAUAAGUAAUGAUUUCUCUCGUUCAAGAAUCCUUGUUCAACUGAUUUCCCCCCCAGCACUUACCAAGUUGGGGAACAAACCACCAAGAAACUAUGCUAGCUAGCUAACCUGCUAACUAUUAGCUGUGACAUGCAAUGGAGCUUCGAUGAGGACGGGGUCUUUGCGAUGUACAGACACACUCUUCUACAUAGUUUAGAAAUAUGAAAUAUCCUGGCUAUCGAGCUGACAUUAGCAGUGAAAAUUUGCAACUUGUGUGUAUAAAAGUUUCAACAAUCUUCUCAGAAAUCUUGUCAGGUUAUCUCCGAUUAGCUAAUUAUCUAAUUAGCAACAGUAAUGAUGAUGCCCUAAAACACUGUCAAGGUUUUAAAAAUCCUCACAGAUUCUUAUAUUUCCUAGUGAGUCAGUGCUAGCAGUGAAUAUUAUGAACAAUAAUGAUUAUGAUCUACAUUUCCUGUCAGAAAUCCUGUCAUUAACUAGCUAGCUUGGGUUAGCAGUGAAUGUUCUGAUUAUUAACGAUUACUCCUUAAACUCCUGUCAGAAAUCCUUUCAGGUUAACUUUUUUUUUUUUUGUGAGCUGGAUAAUCAUGGCAGGGAAAAUUAUAAACAUUAAUGAUCCUUUCAGAUGUCCUGUCAGGUUAGCUUGUAUGGGAGUUAGCUGUGAAGAUUAUGAACACACAAAAAUGGCUUAACAUUCCUGUCACGUUAGCACAUGUUAGCUAGCCAGCUGGCGUUAGCAAGGAAAAUGACGAGUAUUCAUGGUUAUGACCUCAACCUAUGUCCUUUCAGAUAUCCUGGUAGCUCAUAUGCUAAACAUUUAUAAAUAUGAUUUAAAAAUCCUACCAGAAAUCCUGUCAGUUUAGCUCAUGCUAGCUAGCUGAUUAGCAUUAGAAGUGAAUAUUAGAAACAUUUAUAAAUUGAUUUAAAAAUCAUGUCAGAAAUCCUGUGAGGUUAGCUUAUGUUAGCAAGCUGACUAGCAUAAGCAGUGAAUGGUAUAAAUAUUUUUUAUCAAUAUGAUUUAGAAAUCCUGUGUGCAUAUUAACUAGCUGGCUUUUGUAAGCAAUGAAAUUAUGAACAUUUAACAGUUAUUUACUGAAGUCGAGGUUAUUAUUCACUGAUAUUUGCUGAGCCUGAGGCGGAUAAUUAGUUUAGUAGAAAAUACACCAGUGAUUAUUUUUUUAAAAAUGGAAAAAUUGUAUUUAAAAAAAAAAAGAAAAGAAUUUAUUUCAAUCUUCAAAAGCAGUACGCAAAUGUAAUAAAGGCGCGGCGCAGACUUGUCACUUAUCUACGCCGAGUCACAUAAAAUACUUUGUUUUGAAAUCGAUAAAAUAAAUCACAAUUCCGCCUUACCUUUGAAUAGUUUUAGACCAAACUUGGUAGCAUCUUUAGUGUUUUUAGGAACAGCGUUUUCUUUCAUCACUUGUAAUUCUUCCUCACUUACCGUGAUUAAAACAAUUGGCCUCCAUAUUGCCAAGUCGUUCGAGGUGAUUAUCGAAAAGUAAUAUGAAUUUCUCGACCAAUCAGCUCGUGCGAUUUUCUAUAAUCAUCUCCGUAUUUAUACAAAUAAUGAUUAUGACAUAAAAUCCCAUCAGAAAUCCUGUCACCUUGCCUACAAAGAGGAUUUAUUUUACAUUUUGUUUUGAGAAAAAAAAAGUCAUAAUAUUAAGAUAAUAAGAAAGUUAUAUAAUAAUAAUAAUAAUAAUAAUAAUCCAUGGCCUCUUGGGACUUCUGGGUUUUUCUACUUUAUUCUCAUCUUAUUUAUACAGUUUGGUAUUGAGUUCUGGUCACAUAUUUCGGACUCGCUUUGUUGGUGUGAUUCAUUUUUUCACUGAUGUGGAUCUAAACGUUUGCACAGCUUCGCUUUCUGUUGAGUGAGUGGAAUUCAACAAAUAACUGCUGAACUUAAGCGGUAUAACUCUUUCAGCUACAACACAGUAAUGAUUGCUUUAGUGGAGACAAAAAUGUUACAUUAAAAAGGCUUCAAGAAAGGUUUAAUAGGGUCGGAUGCAUGUAUCUGAAAUUGAUCAUAUAUGUUGACGAUUACAGUGUCAUGUCUGUUUUCUUUUUUAACAUCCACAGUAUGAAUAAGCUCUCUCUAUCUCUAUAUAUAUAUCUAUAUAGAUAUAUGGAUAUCUAUAUAAAAAGUUAAAAGCUUGUUUGAGUUGAGAACUGUUUAUUGCUUUAUGUACGUUAUAGAGAAAAGUGUGAUCUACUGUUUGGGAUUAUGUUUACAGUCUGUCUGGGUUUUGUUACUUUUAGGACAUUAAAUACAAAAAAAAUAGUUUUAAAAAAGGUUUAAAAAAUGGCAAAUGCAUUAAAAAAAAUGUCAUAGUAUUGCACAGUAGCUGUUUAUAGGCCAGCUUCAGGUGUGAGUUUUAAACUCAGGUAAUUUGCACUCUUCUGGUUGUCCAUUCUCAAAAUCGAACUCUGACCACAUUCCCCCCCCCCCAGCCCCCCCCCCACGAACCUGAACUCUCACUCCCCUCCACAGUUCAACGUGAAUCAGCUUUUUAGUUCAUAAAUAUUACUUGUGACAUUCUGUCUCUCUUUCUGAGUGUAUGUUAAAAGCUACUGAAUUCCGAGGCCAAAAAAAUAAUGUCUCUGGGUUGAUUCAGGAGGUUGUGAGUGCACCGUGGCCGUUGGAUAUCUGUGGGACAGAUGUGGUUUUAUGAGCUACGUAUGAGUUAUAAUGCACGGAUGUCUGCUUGCUCGGAUAUUCCUACUUUAGAUGUUUGAAAUUGGAUGUUUGAGCAAGUACAUUUUCAAGUAGUUUUAGUUCGCAUCACAUUAAUUGUAAACAAAUCAUCAAUACCACAGAUCACGUAGACAACCUACAAAAUUACGACUGUGGAUGCAACAACUACUGUAGAUCAGCUGCCACAAUUACUUUUUUUUUAUUGACGCAACCCAAACUCGUAACAUCAGGGUUUAUAGGAAAAUGACUAGCUCAGUAAAAAUACCAGUUUCUUGCUAGCAAUUAUGACAUCAUUGCAAUGGUUAUGGGCUCAUCUAGAAUUAUGAUAUUUUUGACAGAACUUGAACGACUAGAGAUACUUGCUUGUUCUAGUUGGUUGGUUGGUCGGUCAAUGGUAUUUCUCUUGGAGAACCAAAGAGAUUGAAGUUUCUCCAGUACUUUUAAUGACAGCAGAGGAGAUCUUCUGAAUAUUUUAACCAAAUUUCAAAGCGCCAAGUUUUUCUCACAAUAGAAGCAACUGUUCUCCAACCACUUACACUCUAGCCAUCUCAUGAAUAAAACCAACCAUGAAGUGAUGUAUGUACUAUAGACACAGUUUACUCAACUUAUCCAGAAUAUAUGGUAGUUGGGGGGAACAAAAAACACCUGUCCCCCACAAGAAGACACUAUUUUAUUCUGAUGCAUCAUUCAGUCUUUUUUUUUUUUAAAUCAUCCAAUUUUAUCUGAACUGAGGCAGGGUCUGCUAAACAGAGCUAAGCAGUUGAGGGUUCAAAGCCUCAGUGAGAGCUCACAUAGCCUUGGUAUUUGAACUCACAACCAUCUGACUGUGAGUGCUGCAUGAAUCCCAUCACUGGUUUCACAUCCCACUCUGUAGGUAUUAUCAUUAUUUUUAACGCAGGUGUGUAUGGGCCAUACUUUUUCAAUUUAUUUCAGCCACAUUCACAAAGGCACAUUGCUGGGUACACCAGCAGCCCUGGAAAGGUGAUAAGCAGCAUAUUAGCAUGUUUAAAAUGAUAUCACCAUGGCAAUGUUUUAAGGAAAAUACUGAAAAACAGAAAAAAAAUGCUAAUUCCAACUUGCUAUUUUGACCAUAUGCUCUUUACGAAUUUGACCUGGAUUCAGUGAAAUCCGACCUGAUUUAAUUGAAAUUCAAAACUUGUUAUGUGAAGUCGGAAGACAUAAACAUAAAAUACUAUAUUUGCGAAAUAAAUCCAGAUCCGUUUGGCACGAUCAUUUCAUACAACUGCAUCGGUGACUGGCUUAGUGCAUUUUUUUUUUAAAUAUUAUAAAUAGUAUAUACUUUAUUUUAUUUAUACUGCACCUCAUUAUCCUUAUCAGUAGGUUACUGAAUGAAUGGUACUGCUAUUUCAGUGUCUAAAAUCUGUGCAAUAAUACUAAUAAAAGUUAUCUUUUGCUGUUUGCUAGGAAAAGAAAUUGCUUCAAAGCUUUACCUUUUAGAAGAAUGAAUAUUUCCAUUCAGAAGAGAGCACAUUUCUGCCAUCAUUUCAAUUUGGAUGUUUUCUGAAUUUUGCAUACAUCAGGAACACGCUAUAUUGAUGAAACAAUACAAAUCUUGUAUGUAAGGAGCCCAAAUUUGGUGGUUUGGGUGAUCUACCAUCCUGGAGCAUUUCCUUCUGACACACCUGGAUCAACAUUCAGGUCAUUCCUUAACAGGAAUCAAACACUCCAGUUAGGUAGAUCAACAGAACCAGGUUUGGGCACCCUUGUUGUACAUGAACAUAAGACUCAAAUUGCUUUAAACCACCUCAUUAUCAUAUCUGUAAUGUUUCCCAUAACUUUAGCAGCAGGAGCUUGCAGUGCUUUGGGUCAGUUUCUGUGUGUGUUUCAGCUUCAGGCCAGUGUAAGGAUUUCCCUGAUAGUCAGAGCUCAUCUGUUCACACACAACUGCAACACGUUUAUGGUCCUGGUUCGAACAUUGAAGGUGUAAUGAAGGGAGCAAGUUUCAAAAGGAAAUUGAAGAUAUUGAAGCACAAUUGCAAGAAGAAGAAAAAAAAUCUGCACUUGAACACUGAAAACAAUCCAGUCCUUUGUUUAAGCCUCCUCUUAAUCAAAUCAGUGUCAAUAUGGUUCAAGUCUCGUAGCUUUGACUUUAUUGUAGCCAUGCAGUAUCAUACAGCUCCAGCUGCUGAGCGUGUUGUGUAACGUUUCUGCACACAUCUGAAUUUCACAUCUGGUCUACUGUCCCAACCGACAGGACAAAAAAAAACAAACUUAUUUUCUUCAGCUUGAAUUGUUUUGUUUCUUUUUUUUCUCCUGUAAAAUAGAUAUAUUGUGUCUUAUUUAAAUAAAGUAUAAAGUUAUUAUCAGAAA